AUGGGAUUGUUAAUGUCAACCUUCUCGCCAAACUUUGAACUCAACGAGCAUGCUUGCUCAGCUAGCAAUCUUACCUGGCAGUUUAUCCAUCAAGGGCACUUGCCUCUGAUAAGAAAUAUGAAUUCUACUCAUCUCUUUUUACCAAAUCAAGUGCCAUGUAACUAUGCCGCUUGCACAGAUAUGAGAACUGUCCUUCCAACUUAUGGCUACUGGGAUGGAAGUUGUCAACAAAACAGUUGGGAUCAAAUAUAUUUAUCAUGUCAAUGGAACAAUUGGCUUAGACUCAGAGAUUCGUACACGAAGCUCCAAGACAACGAGGGAGCUGGUAGCCAUGAAAAAUUGUGGCAAGCUAACUCCGUAUCCAGGCCGUUGAAAAAUCUUCCAGAAUGUUAUUCUUGCAGGAGAGGCUGCGGCAGUUUUUUGAAUCAAGAUACCAGAGGCUUUACUACUAGAGAUGGUGAAGUAGAUGAUCACAGAAAUGGAAGAGAAGAUUUUAUGACCACCAUCUCUUGCAAUACGCUUGUCCUGGGUAAGGAACUGACUAGAAGAGCCAAUGGCUGGAUGGAUAAGAACAAGUCCACUGGCACGGCUCGAGGUGGGUAUGUUUAUCACGAGAAAAAGAGAACAAUUUGGCUAGAUGAUAAAUACCCAAACCCAGCUUAUCCAGGCCCAACGAUAUCUAAUCCCUCUUCACGCCCAAAAAUACUUCCCCCUCCUCGACUUCUCGACUUUAAUAUCUACAGCAAGCCUCAAGUAGCUCCAGUUAGCCAUGGAAGGCGACGCUAUGGCCGAACAAAAGUACACCGCUUGCCCGAGGAGGAUUCCCCUCCCAUGCUCGAACGCUUGGAAUUGAAUCCCGAUUCUUAA